AUGGAGGGCGGCGCAACCGGGAACGGCGGCGCCGGCGCCUUGAAGAUGCCGGAGAUAUGGGCAGAGUCAACUUGCUCGCAUGAACCUCCCACCAUGUCGUCGGAAGGGGUAUGGUCGUCGUACCGUCAGUACGGGUCGUCGUUUUGGAUUGGGAUUCUGCAGCACCCAAUCCCCCUCCUCGAGCUCCAGCUCUUCGUCAUCUUCUUCCUCCACUAUCUCCUCCAUUUCCUCCACACCCGCCUCAAAUUGCCUUGGCUCUUCAUCCACGGCCUGGUGGGCUUCAUUAUAGGACAGGUUCUGAGAAGCAACCAAAACCUAUCAAAGCUGGCUCUCAAUGACGAAUCAGAAACCGUGAUCACCACCCUAAUGUCCAUAGGAUUUGCACUGUUCAUGUUCAUAAGCGGGGUGAAGGUCGACCCAAGCAUGAUGAUCAAAUCUGGAAAGCAAGCCUUGACAAUGGGUACCUUAGCCCUCUUCUUCCCAAUCAUCCUAACUACCCCCCUCUUUGAAUUCAUGAAGCGCAGAUUUCCCUACAGCCAAAUAGGCCUCAGAUUCUUUGCCUUCUCCCAAUCCCUAACCCCCUUCCCCGUCAUUGCCUGCCUACUCACCGACCUCAAAAUACUCAACUCUGAGCUUGGCCGCCUCACCUCCUCCUCCUCCCUCAUUAGCUACCUCAUCAGCUUUGCCCUCAUGGCCAUGUUCAUUUUCUUCCGCGUUUCCUCCGAAAUCUCCGUCCUGGUUGGUUUUAAAGUAGUGGUUGUCUGCAUGGCUUUCACAUGCUCUCUUUGGGUGUUUGUCCGGCCACUGAUGUUCUGGAUCAUCAAGCAGACACCAGAAGGCAAGCCCGUGAGGGAAUCCUACAUCGUCUUCAUCGUAGUCUUGGCCGUACUGUCAGCGGUGAUCAGCGACUUUGUGGGGCUGGAGUACAUGUUUGGGCCUUUCAUCCUGGGGUUGGUCAUCCCAGAUGGACCGCCGUUGGGUUCGACACUGGCAGAGAGGCUUGACACUGUGAUCUCCGGGGUGGUUGUGCCGCUGUUCAUGACCUAUGGAGGUUACAGGAUCACCUUUCAGACGGGAUUGAAUCAUAUUUUCAUGGCUGGCAUAUGUGGGAUCGUACUUCUAACUGUUCUGGGGAAACUUAUAGCCGGAGUCCUCACUGCCUGGCUUUGCAACAUUCCUUACAAGGAUGCUUUUGUCAUCUCCAUCAUUAUGAGUGCCAAAGGCAUUGUGGAUAUCUGCCUCUACAUCACCUGCAAUGAUAAGAAGGUACACUACUAA